AUGGUAGAUAUCUCUCACAUUAUCAAGAUAUCUUCUUACAGCCAAUCGUUCCCUAAGCGCUUUUUGUUAGAGGCCAGAAUGAAGGCUGAAAAGAAAAUGCGAUGCCCACCAAAAUGCACAUUGUGCUACUGGAUGGCGGCGCACACAGCAGAUGAAGGCUUUGCUCACAGGCAAAAAGAAAAUUUGAUCCGCAACGAGCGAGUCUACGAAUCUGUCCUGUGCAACGAACGCCUAGCUAUAAUCUUAACGUAUAACCAACAAGAGACACAGUUUGCGAGUCUGCGUGCUCUAGCCCAGAAUGAGAGAGAUAGCUGCGACCGAGAUGUUCAAAAAUUGGCUGUGAUCGCAAGCGCUACUCAUCGCUCCUUUGACGAGCAGAUCACCCAAGUCCAGAAAAAGAUGGAAGGCGCAUCUGAUUCGUACAUCGAACUUUACGGGUACCGUCUCCGCCGCGAACUUAUGUACCUCAAAAAACAACAAAAGGACGAAGACGAGAGCUACGAGCGCCUAUUUUCAUCCAUGGCUGAAAACGACCAUCGAAAUAUCAUCGACAUGGAGGAGGACGCCGAGGAUCGGAUCCGAGAGAUCAAAGAUGAUUAUCGGUGUGCUAUAGAGCAACUUGAUGAUCUGCUUGAGCCAGUGCGCGAGCAGAUUCAAAUUCUCGAGUGGUCGGUUCAGGAGAAGAUCCUCUCUGUGAUGAUGCGAUGAUUUGGUGCAAGUCGUAUGAGGAGCACCAAUCGCCCUCUAGUGAGGUUGAACCUGUUCUCCCUUCUCUUCAUCCUCUUCCUGAAAAGCGUGGUGAGAAUCAUUGCUUUAGUACAAUUGAUAAAAUUGAAAGCCAACUCAUACAUCCCUUCUUCGCAAUUAUUGAACAAUGUUUGUGACACUUCACCUCUUUCAUAGAAAGUAAAAGCGGAUCUUCUAGAGGAAACAGUCUAUUCCUCGCUUGUCGUAAAAUCCAAUUUUGGUUGACAUGUUUCCAAUACACCCCUUUUGAGUGAAAAGAAUUUUCGAAUUCAGCGCAAGCUCGCGUGAUCGAAAUUUGGU